AUGAAGACCCUUUACCUGCUCUUUUCUCUCCUCUUCUUGGCACUCCAGGUUUCUCCAGGUUUGUCUUCACCCCGCCGGGACAUGUUUGUCUGUAGAAAAGGGUCCUGUCGCUUAGGAAGAUGUCCCAUCCAGAUGGUUAGAGUUGGAAGUUGCUUUGGGUUCCUUUCCUGCUGCAAAUU